AUGGUUACUGAUUUGUCUCCAGGUGUCGGAUUCCGUGACUUCACUCAGAAGCGUGCAGUUGAGCACGGAUUGAAAGGUUGGGUGAAGAACACUACCUGUGGAAGAGUUGAAGGAGAAGUCCAAGGUAACGACGAGACACUCCAGAAGUUCUUCAAAGACAUCGACAAGGGACCACGUCUCGCACACGUAGUCAAGGUCGAGAAAAGGGAUCUCAGUCCUGAAGAAGGGGAAGAUCACUUCGCUGUCAGACGGACAUCCGAGUCGGUCUUUGAAGCUGCUAAAUGA